CUAACCUAAUUAUUGUUAUCAUUGUUAUUUUUUUCCUCUGCUUUCCUGACAAAUCCUUGAGAUUCCCCUUGAAGCUAUCACGUAGAGUUUGAAUACCUACGCUAUACAUAGUUGGCUCCAGCACAGUCUUUGGCUUUGGGAGUGAUCCAACAAUAAUUAUGAAUUUUAUAGACAUCUUGUAAAUUUUUCUUGUUGGAGAAAUCGAAAUUAUUAUUAUUAUAUAAUUAAGUGAGGAAGUGGGUAAGGUCACCUCAUAUGGACACUCUUAAUGAAAACGGGUAAGAAGUUAUUACAGGAAAAUCCAAAUCAAUUAAAUAGAAUUUAUUAUUACACUUGAUUUUAUAAUUUAUCAAUUAUUUAUAGUAUUGAGUUAUUAAAUAUAUCCAGAUUCUUUACUUUACCAAUAUUAACAUAGCAGAUAUACUUGAAGGUGGAAAUAAAUAGGAUAUUUGUUGGUUUAACAUGCAGUGACUUGGUGAACAAAGUUCUCUGAUGCCUAGGCAUAAUGGUAGACAUUUUUUUGGGGGUUGGUUGAUUGGAUGCAUUAUGGAAAGCAAUAACAAAUAACAAAAAUUAAAUUUACAGUAGUAAAUAGUAUUUUAUAGUAGGUAUGUUUUGCUUAAUCUUUUAGGUUCAUUUGGUUUUUUCAAUAUUAUUUUUAAGUAACUCAAGUAGUUUUCAAAGGCAUAAGCUAACCAAUUAUCAAGUGACUAAAACUUGUUAUAAACAUUACUUAAGUGUGUUGAAUCGUGAAUGUUGUGAGAAAUUAGGUAAUGCCCAUAAACAAUCUCAAAAUCUUUCACAUAAUUAAUAGUUAAUGUAAACAGAAUUAGUGUUCAAAUGUUAGUUUAAGUAUAUUAUACAUUAAACAAUGAGUAAGAUAGGAUUUUUCUCUCUAGUAUAUGAAAUAUAUGUUACGGUGAAAGACGAAAAUUGGUAAAUGUCGUCAUUCCCCGGUCAAUGACAUCAUUAGCCAAAAUGAUUCAAUUAUGUGGGUAAAUGUUGUGAAAACACAUAUUUUAAACUCAAAUGUACAUCUUUCACCGGUCAUUGACGUAAUUUACCAAAACUUGUGGUAAAUGAUGAUAAAUCUCAAAUAAUACACUGAUUGUUUUAAUAUAGAUACUGUUUAAUAAUGAUUGUUGCCUCCGUUGUCACAUUACAAUAUUUUGUUUUUAACACAGCCAUCAUCCUAUUUCUACCACCAUGUCCUACUGGCUACUGCUAAAUGUGCCGAAUGAAUUACUUCAAACAACUCGUUUAUUGUGACAUAAUAUAAAACGUCAGUCAUUUUCAACUAUAGGUUUAAUUAAUUUUACUUUUCCACCAAUUAUCACAGCAUCAUAUUUAUGCAUAAGUCUGUUAUUUGUUAGGUACCGUUUUUUUUGUGUUCCAAUUUUUUUUUUUUUUACUUUUUUUUUUUAUCUUUUUACUGUUCAUAAUUUUAUCGAUUGCUGCAUUAAAUUUAUUUUCCAUACUUUAAUAUUACUUUUAAAUAAAACUACAACGCUAAGUCGCACUCGUCGCAUAUACAAGUACUCGCGUAGAAUAUAAGCGUAAAUACUAAAUUAAUAAACUAAUAUAGACCAUUUCAUAUUAUUACUUGGCUUAUCGGCGUUAUGGCUAGUCAGAUUUUCGCUUGUUUAUCUACUUCCGUAGUGAUAUUUUUAACUAACAAAGCUUUGUCGCGUACGUAAAACCUAUACACUUAUUAUUGAUCACAAAUGACACUAAUGUGAUGAUACCGUAUCGGCUCCAACCUCCGGGUAGUAUUGAUCAAUUUAAAUAAGAAAAAAUUAUCAGAGCAGUGCGUAAAAAAGUUUCACACAACUUCAAACCACAAUUUUUUAACCGACAUUGAUUUCAAGUCAACAUUAUUUUUUAAGUUAAAACUAUUUAUUAAAAGUCAACACUAGGUAUUUUUUAAAAUUCGAUAAAAUUCUUCCCAUAAAUGUGUUGAACAUAAUUCUCCAAUUAAACUGGGGAUUAACGUCAUUUACCGGGGAAUUACGACAUUUACCACGUUUACAUCAUUCACCGUAACAUAUACAUUGGUAAUGCUGUGGUUACAGCUUACUAACUGCUAGAUUUAGCCAAUUACAGCUCUGUAUUUUUUUUUUUCAGAAAUCACGGUGUACCUACUGAGUAGCAUACAAUUUACAAGAAAAGUAGUAUAGUUGUUUACGUAUCAGUGUGAAGUUACCUGUUGAUAAAACAUAGCAAAUCCCAGAUUGUGGUUGUUAAAAAGUGUGUUAUACUUAAUUUUUUGCUAAUCCAUAAAAUAAUAAUGGCUUCAGCGCCAUACUUGGAUGAAUUAAAAAACAGUUUGAACAAUCUUCCUGAUGAGUUACAUCGAAACUUCAGUCUGAUGCAAGAACUAGACUUGAGAUCUCAAAAAGUGAUGAACAACAUUGAUAAAAUGGCCAACAAUUAUAUGUCAAAUGUCAAAGAAUAUUCGGUAGACAAAAAGAAAGAAACUAUGGCAAGCAUAAAACAUCAUUUUGACGCAGCCAAAGCAUAUAGCGACGAUAAGGUGCAGUUGUCUAUACAAACAUAUGAACUGGUGGAUAAACAUAUUCGGAAGUUGGAUACAGAACUAUUGAAAUUUAAAGGAAAAAUUCAAUUGCAAACUGACAUGCGUAAUGCUGCCAUCAAGGCUAAAAUUAAUUUACCACCAAAAAAAGAAGGUUUAAAAACAACAAGUGCACUACCUUCAGUCAGUGCUGUCAUUACUCCAUCAAACCCAACCAAUAGCUUAGACGAUGUUGCAGUUGGGACUGGUUGCCUUUCUGGUCCUUCAGUUGAUCAUGGAAUUGCACAUUCAGCUUAUGUAGACAUGCCUAUCGAUCCCAAUGAACCAACAUUUUGUCUGUGCAAACAAGUAUCGUUCGGUGAAAUGAUAGGCUGUGAUAACCCAGAUUGUGAAAUUGAAUGGUUCCACUUUGCAUGUCUCAAUUUAACUACCAAGCCAAAAGGAAAAUGGUUUUGUCCAAACUGCGUAAAAGACAAGAAGAAAAAAUAACACAUUCUUAAAAAGAAAUGUAUUUUUAUUUUAUAUAUACAUAGGUACAUAUUUGUGUGUUUAUGUAUGUAUAUGUUUUAUGAAUAUAUAAAUUAUAUACAUUGAAUUUUGUGUUACUUUUUAAUGUGGACAUUGUGAACAAUUGAUUGUAAUAAUAUAUAUAUAUAUAUAAAUAUAUAGGUAACGUAGCCACCUUACAAGGUAUAUGGAAAUAUCUACUGAAGUAAGUGUCUUAAUUUACCUUUUUUUUUAAUGAUUACCUAUAAUAGCUAUGAUUGCCUAUAAUAUAGCCUAUUUUUGGGCAAAUGUUCUAGCAGUUAUGGCAGUCAGAUAGAAUAAGGCAGGCAUAGAAAACAUCUAGACCAGAGAAGUGUUUUAAACGUUCAUUUACAUACUUAAUUUAAAAAUUUAAAUACCUAACAUGUUUUUUUGACCAAUUUUUAUGAUCUAAUGACUAUAAUAAUAUUAUGGAAGGCAUAAACAUAGCAUAGCUCACUUUAAACAUAGAUACCAAUUAAAUAGUUUUGUAGGUGGAAAAAAUGCCCAACUAUGGUCUAUACUAUGGUAUUCAUAAACAUUCCUAACUAUGGUCCAAUAACAUAUCAAUUUUAUGA